CAGUUGUUCGUUGGGCAUGCUUAAUGUUUAUGUAAGUUCAAACACUUUGUUAUACAGCUACUGGUGUGGGAACGAGGAAAGCAAAGAAGUUUACUUUCUGCUCACUCGAAAAUCACAAGACAAGUUUCGUUAAGUUCGUGCAAAAAGAGGCCCUUGUUAAAUUGUCCCCCUUCACGUUUAAAGUGAGUAAUGAGGAGCGACAAAACUAUUUCCCCAAAUAUUUGCUUACAACCAGAAGACACCCAUGGAUACAGGCGACGGAAGGAGACGAACGAUUAAAAGUAUGCGACCAUGCAGGAGAAUUGUACAGAAUGCUAGGAUGAAACGGGAACUGGGUAAAGUUUUAAGGUCGUUGACUGGGGGGAGCACGGAGGUCAACGAAGUCCCCAUGGAAGAGGACUGUUACCGUGUGGAAUAUUUCAAAAACGAGAAAUGGGAACAGAAGGUAAUGGCACCCCGCUACAGUUUGCUACGAGAGGUUGGAAGGGGCAGCUAUGGUGUGGUGUACGAGGCAAUCGCACGUAGGACUGGAGCAACCGUGGCGGUGAAGAAGCUGCGCUGCGACGCUCCCGAAAAUGUCGAGCUUGCUCUCGCGGAGUUCUGGGCCCUUGCGAGUCUGGAGAAGCGACACGAGAAUGUGGUUCAGCUGGAGGAAUGCGUCUUGCAAAGGAACGGCAUGGCCCAGAAAAUGAGCCACGGGAACAAGCGAUCCAAGCAAUACUUGCGACUGGUGGAGACUUCACUGAAAGGCGAGCGGAUCCUGGGCCACACCGAGGAGCCCUGCUACCUGUGGUUCGUGAUGGAGUUCUGCGAGGGCGGCGACCUCAACCAGUUCAUCCUGUCGCGGCGGCCGGACCCGCGGACCAACCGGAGCUUCAUGCUGCAGCUGACCAGCGCCGUGGCCUUCCUGCACAAGAACAACAUCGUGCACCGCGACCUCAAGCCCGACAACAUCCUCAUCUCCGAGAAGUCGGGCUCGCCCGUGCUCAAGGUGGCCGACUUCGGACUGAGCAAGGUGUGCGCCGGGCUGGGGGGGCCGGCGGGGGGCGAGGGCGGGGAGGAGCGCGGCGUCGGGGGCGGGGGGGGCGGCGGCGGCGGCGGCCGACGCCCCGUCAACGUCAACAAGUACUGGCUGUCGUCGGCGUGCGGCUCGGACUUCUACAUGGCGCCCGAGGUGUGGGAGGGCCACUACACGGCCAAGGCGGACAUCUUCGCCCUGGGCAUCAUCAUCUGGGCCAUGCUGGAGCGCAUCACCUUCAUCGACGCCGAGUCCAAGCGCGAGCUCCUGGGCACGUACGUGCGGCAGGGCGCCGACAUCGUGCCGGUGGGCGAGGCGCUCCUGGAGAACCCCAAGAUGGUGCUGCACAUCCCGCAGCGGCGGCGCAGCGCCAUGUCGGACGGCGUCUGCCGGCUGCUGCAGGACAUGCUGGCCGUCAACCCGCAGGACCGGCCCGACGCCUUCCAGCUGGAGGUGCGCAUGGACCGGGUCACCUGCGCCGCCUGACCCCCCGCCCCCCCCCUCCCCCCGCCCCGCCCCGGCCCGGGCACGGGACCCCCCGGCUCAUGUCAGACAGAUGCGUUUACCUAAUCCGGGGAUCCCACGUCUUCGGCGAGGCCGGGGGGGGGGGGGGGUGAGAAAGAGGGACUCCGAUCUCGGAACUGUGAAGUUUUUCAGACCUCCGUCGCUAAAAUGUGAAGAGAAGAGGAAGGGGAGAAGCUAAAGGAUCAAAGGAGGCCAGUUACUCUGCGCAAUUCGCAGACCAGGACGAACGUAACGGGGACGCUAUGCAAUACACUCGCCGACGACGUCGGCUUUUCCCUUCUGUCGUAGAAAUCCACAAAAAAACAAAAACAGUAGCUGGACACGUGAUUUCAGUACCGCCGGGUGGCGUGGUUUCAGGAAUUACCUACGGACCUUCUCGUUUCGUCAGAUUACUACCUGAUCUGUGGGAAAAAAAAGAAAAGACAAAACGAAACAAAAAAAAAAAAAAUUUAAACAAAAUGUUGUUUGUAAUUGCGUAAUUUUUAUUUUAUGUUAUGCUAUGUCAGAGAUUUCCUCUCCCCUAAGAACCCCUGGAGCGGUUUCUUUCAGGUUGGUGUGAAUGUUUGGUAAAUCUGAACAGUUUUUAAUCUGUUUGUACCGUGUGAGACGUCACACUGUGUAUCCAAGACCACCCCGCCAGAGCAACCCGCGUUAAAACAAGACCGCUAGCCCCCAGUCAACCCCAAAGCAACCCAUGUUAAAAUAAGACCGCCAUCACCCACUCAACCCCAGAGCAACCCAUGUUAAAAUAAGACCGCCAUCACCCACUCAACCCCAAAGCAACCCGUGUUAAAAUAAGACCGCCAUCACCCACUCAACCCCAAAGCAACCCGUGUCAAAAUAAGACCGCCAGCACCCACUCAACCCCAAAGCAACCCGUGUUAAAAUAAGACCACUAGCCCCCACUCAACCCCAAAGUGACCCGUGUUAAAAUAAGACCAUCAGCACCCACUCAACCCCAAAGCAACCCGUGUUAAAAUAAGACCAUCAGCACCCACUCAACCCCAAAGCAACCCGUGUUAAAAUAAGACCAUCAGCCCCCACUCAACCCCAAAGCAACCCGUGUUAAAAUAAGACCGCUAGCCCCCACUCAACCCCAAAGCAACCCGUGUUAAAAUAAGACCGCCAGCACCCACUCAACCCCAAAGCAACCCGUGUUAAAAUAAGACCAUCAGCCCCCACUCAACCCCAAAGCAACCCGUGUUAAAAUAAGACCAUCAGCACCCACUCAACCCCAAAGCAACCCGUGUUAAAAUAAGACCAUCAGCACCCACUCAACCCCAGAGCAACCCAUGUUAAAAUAAGACCAUCAGCACCCACUCAACCCCAAAGUAACCCAUGUUAAAAUAAGACCAUCAGCACCCACGCAACCCCAAAACCCAGAUGUUUUGUCCUUUUUUCUGAGAUAAUCAGAAGCGUUAUUGAGCCAAAAUGGAGGAAGCAGAUGAUGAUGAUGAUGAGCAGGAGGAGAAAGCGGUUGCAAUGUGAUAACUCCAAACCUCCUGGAUACACAGUGCCCCGUCUCAUCUCAAUAUUUCCACCUAAAAAAAAACCCAAUGUAUUAUUAUUUUCAUAAUAAUAGUGACAGACUUUUUUGACCUCUGUGCCUUAAUUAUUUUUAUGGGUUUUGAAAGUCAGUUAAAGAGAUGUCAAUUGAAUUCGAUUUCCAAACUGUGACACUUUUUCUUUUAUAUGCAGUACAUUUUACCCCCUUUAGGUUUCUGUGUAAAGGGCAUUCUAUUGCCAAAUUAUGGCAGUUUUUCUUUUUUUUUUUCUUUUUAAUAGAAAUUUGAGAUUAUAAUGAAAAUGAGGUUGAUACACAAUGGUGAAGAUCCUCAAAAUCAUAAGAGAUGUAAACCAAAUAUUUUCUAUUUAUCCAUUUGGCUGAUUAGAAUGCCGAAAUUGUCACAAAUAUCAACGGCAAUGGCACGGGAUCAAAGGGAAUCGUGUAGCCCUAUUACUUACAAAGAACCUUUGAGGGAUUUUAUGAACUCCAGUAUUGUGGCUGACUUCUUCAUUGGCUACCUUUAGGGAAAACUAAAGUCUUACAUUUGUAUACAUAAUGUAGUUAACUUAACAUGUUUUUGUCACACUUGACAGAAAUGUCAUGUGCUUAAUGUUCUGAAUUGAAUAUUUAGGCUAUGUUAUGCAUAUGUAUUUGUAUCAUUGUAAGGUCUGUGUUUGUAGAAAGCCAGGAGGCUCCUAAAUCUCUUAAUUGUACAAUGUAUGGUAACUUUUGACCUGGUACAGGAGAGAAGGGUGGUUAAGUAAGUCAUUUUAAAUGGAGCAGGAGGGUAACUGGAGGCCUGGAGAUGGUUGUGAGGCCCCAUUUACUCCCCUUUGGUCCGCAUCACACAAUUUCAUUGGUUAGUUUUUUCCGAUCUGCAUUGGACACGGUGUAUAUAACACUACAGCCUUGGAUCAUUGAACAGUACUGUGCCCUCUUUGUGUUUUGAUAUAUCUCUCUGUUCUUGUAUUUAAUUACCUGUAAUUUUGAUACUUUUUUUUUUCUUUUGGGGGGGGGGGGGACUUUUCACGUGUUGGUGAAUUGAUAUAGCCUGCUCUAGUUUUUGCCUGCAAACAUCUGGGAUUUCGUGGUAUGCUUCCAAAACAAAACGAAAGCAUCGAACCGACUCGUCCGGUCCUGUUCUGUGAGAUUCUUUGAAGGCGGUUCAUCAGUUCCCCUUUUUUUUCCAAAUUGCUUGUGUUGUCAAGCCCUUAAAUCGAAACGAAUUAAAUUUUGGUUGCAUUGAUCACACCCUUAUUUAGUUGUAUCGCAUGUAGCUACAAGCAUGUUCUUGAAGGACAGAUGAACGUUCUUGGCUGUUCUUUUGAAAACCAGUCAAGUUGACACAUUUGAAAAGACGUGGGAUUGGCUCACGGUUUAUCGGUGAGCUUAUGUAAUUCCCCUGCACGGUCAAAGCUUCAAACAGUUGUGGACCUAUAUUAUUUUUUACUGCAGUAGCACCCUGGAACAUGCCACAUCCGUUACGUGAAUUUGUCCUUUCAAUGUAAUCUACAACGGCACGAAGAAGUCGGUUCUUACGAGUGCAUGCUAUGUUUGGUUUGCUUGUCAGGCAUCUUGCUGGGAACUCAACCUGUUAAGUAUUAAGUGAAAAACAGUGGCGUUUGGUGGCGAGUUACAUUUGCAGACCAGUCGCUUUACAGUGGUAGCAGGAGUGGCGGAUUAUGUAACAUUUCACUGGCAGGGCUUUCCUGCACUGCCUGUAAUUUCGGAGGGGAAUGCCCCCCGACCAGUCGGCCUGUUUUCUCUUGGUCCUCUCCUGCAAAAAAUCAAUCGUCUCUUCAGAAAUUUUGUUUGUUGAUUGAUGACCGAUUCCUCAGAGUAUUCAAGUUGUGAUAAGCUUUUUUCUUUUUUUUUUUUUACUCUUAACAUUCAGUUUACAGUU